CUGUCUUUUCGCUUUCGUUUUUUUUUUUUUUCUUCUUUUCUCUGGCCUUUAGGCUCUCAAACCAAAAGGACUGGACAACACUCAACAUGAGCUCAACGGCCACAGAAACCACUAAAGUGCAUGCAUUGGCAGUAGUGACAGAUGCUAGCCCGGGCAAGGGGCUUAACCCCAUCGCCGACGAUUCUUCUGGCCUCAUGGUAACCAUUGGUAAGAAGAGUGUUGGAAGAAUUGACGACUCCGACUGUGUUGAUGGGGCCCGCCCGGGACGAGGCAAUGGGAAGUCCUUACUUCGCAUUUGCCUAGCCAUCGGUCAGCCCUCGCUCGUCAACUUUGCAGUUUCCUUCACCAACGGCAUCAUUACCGUUGGUCUUCCCGCCAUAUCUCGUUCUAUAAACCUUCCCCGCGAGCUCUUCUUAUGGCCACACUCGGUCUAUGGUCUGACCUCUGGCGCGGCUCUCCUCCUUGCUGGCAGUAUCGCAGAUCUCGUUGGGGCCAAAAGCGUUGAGUUGGUCGGUGUUAGCAUCAUGGCCACCUUCGCAUUAGCUAGUGGCCUUGCGCAAACCGGACAGCAGCUAGUAGCCUUCAGGGCUUUGAUGGGUAUAGGCAUGGCUAUGCACCUGCCAUCCUCAGUCUCUCUGGUAGCUGCUGCUGUCCCUCGCGGAAGGGCUCGUAAUGUGGGCUUUGCAUGCCUCGGGCUCUCAACGACCUUUGGAUUCUCUCUCGGACUUAUCCUCGCAGGGGUGCUUCUGCAGAGCUCCGAUGAGGGUUGGAGGAAAGCCUUCUUCGCAUCUGGCAGCCUGACUGCGGUUGCUGCCAUGGGUGGCUACUGGGUCCUGCCCACCGUGGAGGCUGCGGCGACCGGUGACAACAUUUGGUUGAAGCUCAAAGCCGAAGUCGACUGGGUCGGACUGGGCCUUUCGUCUGCUGGCUUGUCACUAUUUUCAUACGUACUUGCUAUGCUGAGUGCCGAUCUGAGCGCGAUUCGCAACGGUACAACAGCAACGCUUCUCGCCUUGAGCUUGAUGCUCCUUGUUUCAUUUCCCUUCUGGAUGUCAUACAGGACGCGUCACGGCAAGGCGGCCCUAAUCCCCAACUCCCUAUGGCGAAAUAUCCCCUUUGCGAGCAUAUGCCUCCUGGUAACUCUGUCUUGGGGUGCCCUGAACUCAAUCGAGCUCUUUUCCUCGCUCUACUUUCAGGAACUCCAACAUCACUCUUCGCUGACUACUUCGCUACUCCUUCUACCCAUGAUCUUGGCCGGCAGCCUUGUAAACUUCUCCACGGGUGUUUUUGUCGAUCGACUUCCCGCACGAUGGUUGGUUGCGAUGUCAUCCAUGUUGACCGCCGGCUCGCCUCUGAUAAUGGCCUUGGUUGAUCCGAACCUGGGUUACUGGUAUCUGCAAUUCUGGGCACAGGUUCUCGCACCACUGAGCGCAGACGUCCUGUUCACAAUCGGCCUGAUCGUCGUCAGCGAGUCGUUCCCGGAGCAGACGCAAGCCCUGGCCGGUGCUGUCUUCAACACCGUGGCUCAGCUCGGCCUAUCCCUGGGCAUGGGAGUCUGCCAGGUGGUUGCGCUGGGGGUGAGCGCCACGGGAGGCGGCGUGCGCCAUGGCGGCAGCGGGAGCCAAGACGCGGUUGCCCCGACAGAUGUGGCCAGUCUCCUCAGGGGAUAUCGCGCCAGUUUCUGGGCCAUAUUUGGCUACAUGCUACUUUGCACGGCUGUAGCAGUCGUGGGGCUACGUAACGUCGGCAGAGUGGGCGUCAAGGUUGGCGUCAACCGGGACUAG